AUGGUGCUCAAAAACUCUAAAUGGGACAAAAGAGCCAAAUACAAGUACAUGAAGAAACAUGGCAUUUCAAUUAAACCUAAGCUGGAGUCUUCAUCGGAACCUAGAGCCAAAUGGACAUCAAAGAAAUCUACUGAUUCUAACUUCACAGGUGUAGUUCUUGAAGAUUCAGACGAUGAAUGGGACACAGAAACGGAAGAAGCUUUAAUUAACCACUUCUAUCCACAGAUAGGAGAGACUGAGUUGACUCCGGAACAAAAAUUGAAGAUUAGGAAACAGAUCUUGGCAGAUAUCGAUAGACAACUAGAUGAAGAUGAAGCCGGAGAAGAAGAUCAGUUCAAUAAAGAAAUAUCAGAUGAAGAAGAUGUAGAACUAGAUGGCAUAUAUCUUGGAUCUAAAGAAAACGAAGAACGUGAGAUGGCUCCAGAAGUCCAGACAAAGUUCAAUUUGAACGAAUUCAUGGCAGGCUUGGAUCUCAACAAAACCAAGAAGAACAGAAAGAUGCUCAAGAAUAAAGUGACAGACAACUUCUUGGAAGAAUACGGUUUGUCUAGUUACGACGAAAUCACAAAGAAAACCGACGAUUACAAUAGUCUCUACUACUCUAAGCUAGAACAUAGAAGCAUUAAAGAUAUACCUGCUUCAGAUUUGGAUGGUUUCCGAGUUGGCCAGGACUCGUUGGCUGAUAUCUCCAGAAAGAAAGAAAAGUCUUCACAUAUCAGAUACAUGACAGAAGAGGAACAGGAACAGGAAAAAGAGAGAGCCAUCAAGGCAGAACUGGCUAAGUUGCACAAUGAGCUCAGAUCCAGGCUUGGCAGUUCAAAAAAGCCCACAACUACUAAAAAGAAUAAAGUAAUAGUGAUCAACAACAUCAAUGAACACGAUUCAGAACAAAUGGCGUCGUUGAACUCAAGAAUCGUCAAUAGUGCUGCGGCUGAAACUCACAGUAGUGAUGAUGACGAUUCAGACCUA